CGGAAACUCUUACUUGCACAGGCCAUUUAAGCAGUCGUAAUGACUACCAAUGUGGUCAUUUGAUCCAUUCACGUCUCAUGAACGAGCUGUGUUCUUUUAGCAAACAUUUAAACCUAUUAUUCCAUUCGGUAACGUUCGAACUACCAGCAGUUCACAAAGACGGCAGAAAUAUCAAAUGCUUAUCAAGAUACCAGACACCGACAAGGAAGAUACAAUGCGAGAUCCCAUUCACAAUGCUCUCGACGCAGGUCUUCGAGCUCUAGGAGGAGAGAAGGGUGCGUUGGCAAGUUUCUGGCGAAAGUUAAGGGAGAAGGACAAGAAAGGUUCCCGGGUUCAUAAAGAAUCGGACGAUCCAAGUGACGAUGGCAACUAUGAAGGCUAUUUGCGGUCCAUGAAAAGAGAGAGACGCUAUUCCCCGCCGAUGCCCGGCGUGGGACAGCGAUACGGUGGUCGGGCAUACGGCGGACUUGGUCAAUAUGGUGGAUAUGGUCCACCGCCCUUCCCCUUCCCAAACCAGGACAGAGAUGCUCUUAACCCGAUGCCUAAUGAACGGCCAAUCCCAUAUGGCCUCGGUCGUGACCGGGACCGUCGCGACCGCCGCCGUGGUCCAAAUACACCAUACGGCCAACCUCCCCUGCCAAUAGAUAAUUCCUGGCGUCCAUUACUCGGUUACGGAAUACGCGAUCGCGGGCAGAUCGAUCGUGCGUUACUUCAAUAUGCUCAACAAGAGCAACUCGCUCGAGCAGGUAGGGGCAGGGGACAACUGCCUCCCUUCAUGCCACCACCUGCUUAUGGAAGACGAAGCGAGCCGAUCUUGAAUCCGAGAGAUUUGUUGAGAUCUCCACCACGGGAGAUUCGAGAACCAGCAGGAAGACCUGACAAGAAACGUCGCAACUCACCAGCUCGAAGACCAGUGCCAGAACCCAAACGUACAGUCUCCGCGCCAGCGGAGUCAAAACGACCAGAGAAGACUCCAAACAAAAUAUCGAAAGGCGAGAAGAAGAAAGAGGAACCGAAAAUGCGUUCGCCUCCUCCUGCCACACCACCGGCACGUCCUUCGCCCGAGAAGUCAGUGUCGACUCAUUCCUCGCAAGAUGACCAGUCCUCCAUUGCUACCAGGCGCCGACUUGGGGAUAUGAACAGAACCUUCAUUGAGGGAAUGGUUUCAAAAACCACCCUUGUGUCAUCGAGUUGGUCUGUACCCUCGCUGGUGAAAUGA